GCGCCUGCGGACCUGGCGAGGGUUCAGCCAAAGGGGAGUGUGGCCAGACCUCCCACUACCCGUGGUGGAAAGGAGGAAAGAAGCCAUAAAGUUUGUGCUGCGAGAGCCGGGGAGGGAAGCUCUCCGCACUGGAUGCAACAGGAGCCAAACCCUAGUGCUUCCCUUAUUGACAGAACCAUUAAGAUGAGAAAAGAAACAGAAGCUAGGAAAGUGGUUUUAGCCUGGGGACUCCUAAAUGUAUCUAUGGCUGGAAUGAUAUAUACUGAAAUGACUGGAAAAUUGAUUAGUUCAUAUUAUAAUGUGACACACUGGCCCCUUUGGUAUAUAGAGCUUGCCCUUGCAUCUCUCUUCAGCCUAAAUGCUUUAUUUGAUUUUUGGAGAUAUUUCAAGUACACUGUGGCACCAACAAGUCUGGUUGUUAGCCCUGGACAGCAAACACUUUUAGGGUUGAAAACAGCUGUUGUACAGACUACUCCUCCAUGUGAUCUGGCAGCACCCCAAAUCCCUCCCUCUCCACCUUCUUCAAUUCAGGGUCAGAGUGUAUUAAGUUAUAGCCCAUCUCGCUCACCGAGUACCAGCCCCAAGUUCACCACCAGCUGUAUAACUGGAUACAGCCCUCAGCUACAAGGUCUGUCAUCAGGUGGGAGUGGUUCUUAUAGCCCUGGAGUGACCUACUCACCCAUCAGUGGUUAUAACAAGUUGGCCAGCUAUAGUCCCUCUCCAUCUUCUCCAUACCCUACCACCGUUGGACCAGUGGAGAACAGUGGAUUGAGGUCUCGCUACCGUUCUUCACCCACCAUCUACAACUCCCCUACUGACAAAGAAGACUACAUGACAGACCUACGAACCUUGGAUACUUUUCUUAGAAGUGAAGAAGAGAAACAGCAUAGAGUUAAGCUGGGAAGUCCAGAUUCUACUUCACCUUCCACCAGUCCUACUUUCUGGAACUACAGUCGUUCUGUGGGGGAUUAUGCACAAACUUUAAAGAAGUUUCAGUAUCAGCUUGCCUGUAGGUCUCAGGCCCCAUGUGCUAACAAAGAUGAAGCUGAUCUCAGUUCUAAACAAGCUGCAGAGGAGGUCUGGGCAAGAGUGACUAUGAAUAGACAACUUCUUGAUCAUAUGGAUUCAUGGACAGCCAAGUUCAGAAAUUGGAUCAAUGAGACAAUAUUAGUGCCACUUGUACAAGAGAUUGAGUCUGUCAGCACACAAAUGAGGCGAAUGGGUUGUCCAGAGCUGCAAAUAGGAGAGGCUAGUAUUACUAGCUUGAAGCAGGCUGCUCUGGUCAAAGCUCCACUCAUUCCAACUCUAAAUACAAUCGUGCAGUAUCUAGACCUCACGCCGAAUCAGGAAUACUUGUUUGAAAGGAUCAAAGAACUUUCUCAAGGAGGCUGUAUGAGCUCAUUUCGAUGGAAUAGAGGUGGAGACUUCAAAGGCCGCAAGUGGGAUACAGACCUGCCCACUGAUUCUGCUAUCAUCAUGCAUGUGUUUUGCACCUACCUUGAUUCCAGACUACCUCCACAUCCUAAAUACCCUGAUGGAAAAACAUUUACUUCUCAGCAUUUUGUUCAGACACCAAAUAAACCAGAUGUGACAAAUGAGAAUGUUUUUUGCAUUUAUCAGAGUGCUAUCAACCCUCCCCAUUAUGAGCUAAUCUACCAGCGUCAUGUCUACAGUCUUCCAAAGGGCCGAAAUAAUAUGUUUCAUACAUUGUUAAUGUUCCUCUACAUCAUAAAGACCAAAGAGUCAGGAAUGCUUGGGAGAGUUAAUCUUGGUCUAUCCGGUGUGAAUAUUUUGUGGAUUUUUGGCGAGUAGUGGGUCAUUUAAUUCCAAACUUUUGGACUUUAUUUGACUGAAUCAGA